UUUAGUCUUCGGAAAGAACUCAGAACGUUAGAAGGCUUUGAGAAUUCGAAAGGUGCAUAUAGGCAAGGCCCUCGCAAUGAGGGGACAGAGAACACGUUAUCGAAAUGUGUAUGUUUUGACAGUUCAUUGAAAUGUUAUUUAAUGCGUUAAAAAAUGAGGAUGUAAUUGACAACUUAAUUUUUUUCAAUUUGUCAUAUUUUCUCGUUUAUAUUUUAAUGAAUGUGGUUUUUUUUUUGACUGAUUGUGGAUUGAUUAAUUUUGUGCAAAUAGUAUUUUUUUUAUCGUGCAGUGCUUAAAAAAGUGAAAGUUGGUAAACAAGAUCAGAUUAUAAGUAGUUGCAUUGUACAAGAAAUGCUAUACCAAUUAGUUUUUUUGGUGGAAAAUAAAAAAUUAUGAAAAAUGCGAAAUACAUCUUCGAUCUAUUGGAAUUCGUCGAUAGACUCACAACGGUCAUCGGGUGACAGUUCCGGUGAGGCCAACUACGGAAAUGGACGGAGCUAUGUAGAUCCUUGGGAUUUGGAGAAUUAUGCCUAUCUUAGGCGACAUAAUGUACCGCAGCCUAUUUAUCAAUCACCAUCGCGAUUUGGACAGAGUCGCUCAUCAUAUUACUCACGUGUCGAGCCUGAUUAUUGGUAUUCUUCCUGUAAAAGAGAACCUGGUUACGAUACUCCAGCUUCUGUGGAAGAAAUAUACUUUGGAACAUCAAGCAGACCCAGUAAUGGCUAUCAACCCAUCUAUGAAGAUGAAGUUUCAUAUGCCGCACCAAUUUCCAUCUAUUCUCCAUUCUCUGAACUUGGAUAUGGCAAGUCUAUUGAAGAGUAUCGGAUGAAUGAAAUCCAAAGACGUAGGUUGAGAAUAGAACGUGCCAGAGGUCGUCGGCGAAUAAGGCAAAAUAACAUAGACGAAUGCCUCUAUCAUGGUUUCGCAAUUGAAGCGCCACGACGCCAGCACAUUGAAGUGAUGGUUCCCUCUCGGAAAACGAAGGUCGAGGAUAAGAGAUACAUUGAAGUGAUACCGCCAAACCGUCUCGGAUUGAACACAUACGGACAUCUCAAGAUCGAUUACACAAAUAGUUGGAACUCACUGUGCAGCAUGAUUAGCAAAUGAGGACAGAAACGUGGGGUUUCGAAGUAACACUAUAGACUGUAACAACGGUGGGCGUCGUGAUUUUCUAAUUAAUGUACUUCUUUGAACAUCACUCGAAUCCUCUUUCCGAUCUUGUCUCUAAUAGACAUUACAAUCACUACAAUUAUACAUAGUUGUACAGAAAUCUUACCUCUUCGAAUAACAAAAAAAAAAUCUCUAUUUAUAGUUCAAUGCAUUUCAAUUUAUAAGUUUGUUUAACAUUAUAAAUAAGUAAACUGUAUAUAUCGUUGCAUUUUAUAAAUUUGUAUUAUACUUUUAAAUAAUAAAUAUUUCGUUAGGAUAA